GAGAGAGAGAAGAAAGGAAGAAAGGAAGAAAGAAAGAGAGUAAGGGAGAGAGAGAGAGACAGACUGUAAAUAUGGAGGAGGUAAAACGAUAGGAGGUGAAACUCGUCCUGCUUGGUUAUUUCAACGUUUUCAUGUGAAUACAAGCGCAGAGGAGCUCUACGGAAGGACACACCGAGCCUCGGCGGAAACCAAAGCCGGGGAAGAAGCGACAUCUGCGCUAAUACGCGUUCCAGGAGGACCCUUCGACAUCCACGGAAACCUGACAUCGAGAAGAAAGCCUGAUACGUCUGCCUGCCUGUCCGUUGCAUUUCCUUCGACACAUGGCCGACUCCGAGGACCCACUUUAACACAAACACACACACACAUACACACGGUGGAAGGAUCGGGGAGGGAAGUCCAGGUUCAACCUUCAUGAAUUCAUCACACACCUCAGUAGUGGAGGUGAAGAGCAGCCUCCCAUCGGGCAUGCAGAGCCCAGGAGGAACAGCAAGCGAGCAGAGAGGAGGAGGUGGAGAAGGGGGUGGUGGUCCGGGAGAAGGCCCAGGAGCGGGAGGCGGAGGCAGCCCGGUGGAUCUGCGGACGGAGCCCAGGGUGUGCUCUCUGUCGGCGGGCGCGGCGGCGGCGGCGGUGGACACAGCCAUGAGGGAGCAGCAGCUCCAGCAGGAACUUGUGCUACUGAAACAGCAGCAGGAGCUCCAGAAACAGCUGCUGUUUGCCGAGUUCCAGAAAAAACACGAAGUGCUCACCAGACAACACGAGGUCCAGCUGCAGGAACACCUGAAGGUGUGUGUGUGUAAGCAACAACAGGAGCUGUUGGCGGCGAAGCGGCAGCAGGAGCUGGAGCAGAAGAGGAAACUGGAGCAGCAGAGGCACGAAGAGCAGGAGAAACAUCGGCUGGAGCAACAGCUGCUGCUGCUCCGGAACAAGGAGAAAGGCAAAGAGAGUGCAAUUGCCAGCACAGAGGUGAAGCUGAAGCUGCAGGAGUUCCUUCUCAAUAAGAAAGAACCAGGCAUCGGUGGACUGAACCAUUCCUUCUCCCCAAAGUGCUGGGGAGCCCAGCACAUCUCCCUGGAGCAGGGCUCUCCUCCGCAGAGUAACACUCCAGGAACUCCUCCCUCCUACAAACUGCCCCCACUGCUGGGAAACUACGAGGGCAAAGACGACUUCCCGCUCCGCAAGACAGUCUCAGAGCCCAACCUGAAGGUGCGUUCACGGCUGAAGCAGAAGGUGGCAGAGAGGCGGAGCUCUCCGCUCCUUCGCAGGAAGGAUGGGACCGUUAUCAGCACCUUUAAGAAGAGAGCCGUAGAGAUAUCUGUCUCCUCUCUCUGUAGUAGCGCUCCAGGUUCAGGUCCCAGCAGCCCCAACAGUUCCAACUCGGCAAUCUCCAAUGGCAACACAGGGUCGGUCCCCAACAUACAGACUGAGCUGAGAUCUCUUCAUCAGACGCUGGGGGCUGAUGGGACAUUAAGUCCUCUGAAUCUCUACACCUCGCCGUCCUUGCCGAAUAUCUCCUUGGGGCUCCCUGCCAACACACACAUCACGCCCUCCCAGGCGCUGUCCAACCAGCAAGAAGCUGAGCGGCAAGCCAUCCAAUCACUGCGAGGGGGCGGAGCUCUAACAGGGAAGUUUCUCUCCACGUCGUCCCUACCUGCAGGGGUGGGCCAUGAGGUAGAGACACCACCCCCCACCUCUCAUUCUGCCCAUUCCUCGUUGUUGCAACAUGUACUACUGCUGGAGCAGGCCAGACAACAGACUGCAAUGCUAGCUGUCCCCAUGUACAGCCAGUCGCCGCUGGUUACAGCGGAGAGAGGCGUGCCCAGCAGCAUGCGGGCUGUCAACAAGUUGCCUCGCCAUCGGCCGCUGGCUCGGACCCAGAGUGCACCUCUGCCCCAGUCCCCCCAGGCCCUGCAGCAGCUGGUGGUCCAGCAGCAACACCAGCACUUCCUGGAGAAACACUACAAGAUGCUAUCUAAGGGGACGGAGCUUCCCAGGCCGCCGCCCACCCACCCGGAGGAGACAGAGGAGGAGCUAACAGAAACCAAUGACAUGCAGGAGGACGACGAAGGGGCCAGCCUUCACAGGCUUCAGAAGGAGGGCUCAGACGACAGCACGCCCUCCUCGGAGCACGCCGUUGUGCAUGUGAAGGGCGAGGAGGAGCACGGAGGCAUGCGCGUGAAGGGGGAGAGUACGGAGAGCGAGCUGGAUGAAGAGGAAGAGGAAGACGAGCUCAUCCAGCUGAGGGAGUGCGACGAAGAGGAGAGGGGGAGCUACACGCAGGCCUUGCAGCAGCUGGGUGUGUUCCAGUCCUUGUUGCCCCAUAGACCUCUGGGAAGAGCGCAGUCGUCCCCUGCAGCCACUGUCAAUCCCAUCAAGCACCUCUUCACUACAGGGCUUGUGUACGACAGUCUGAUGUUGAAGCAUCAGUGUGUUUGUGGCAAUGCUCACAUCCACCCAGAGCAUGCUGGGAGAGUGCAAAGCAUCUGGUCCAGACUGCAGGAGACGGGCCUGCUGGGCCGCUGUGAGAGGAUUCGGGGGCGUAAAGCGUCUCUGGAUGAGAUCCAGUCGGUCCAUUCAGAGUUCCACACUCUGCUGUAUGGAACCAGUCCGCUGAAUCGACACAAACUGGACCACAAGAAGCUGCUGGGUCCAAUCAGCCAGAAGAUGUAUGCGGUUCUUCCCUGUGGAGGAAUAGGGGUGGACAGCGACACGGUGUGGAACGAGAUGCACUCGUCAGCGGCAGUCCGCAUGGCGGUGGGCUCAGUCAUCGAGCUGGCCUUCAGAGUGGCGUCGGCAGAGCUGAAGAAUGGCUUUGCAGUGGUGCGUCCACCCGGUCACCAUGCUGAGGAAUCCACUGCCAUGGGGUUUUGUUUCUUUAAUUCAGUAGCCAUCACUGCCAAGCUGCUGCAACAGAAACUAGGAGUGGGCAAGAUCCUCAUUGUGGACUGGGACAUUCACCACGGCAACGGCACCCAGCAGGCCUUCUACACCGACCACAACGUCCUCUACAUCUCCCUCCAUCGCUACGACGACGGAAACUUCUUUCCUGGCAGCGGAGCGCCUGAGGAGGUGGGAUCAGGUGCAGGUGUUGGUUUUAAUGUGAACAUAGCGUGGACUGGUGGAGUAGAGCCGCCUAUGGGUGAUGUGGAGUACCUCACCGCCUUUAGGAGCGUGGUGAUGCCCAUCGCCCAGCAGUUCAGUCCAGAUGUGGUCCUGGUGUCUGCAGGCUUCGACGCAGUGGAGGGUCAUCAGUCUCCUCUGGGAGGAUACAACGUCUCCGCCAAGUGUUUCGGUCAGCUGACGCAGCUGCUGAUGGGUCUGGCGGGCGGGCGCGUCGUCAUGGCGCUGGAAGGCGGUCAUGACCUCACAGCCAUCUGUGACGCAUCAGAGGCCUGCGUCGCUGCGCUGCUGGGAGACCCGUGUGACUCUGUGUUCCAGUGGCCUCAGGAGCAGCCAUGUCCAAAAGCCUGGGCCUCGCUGGAGAGAGUCAUAGAGAUCCAGAGUAAACACUGGUCUUGUCUCCAGAGUUUGUCUCAGACGAGCGGCCACUCGCUAUUGGAGUCGAGUCCUCUCGGGGCUCAGGGCCAAUCGGAGAAGGACGAGGCCGACACGGUCAGCGCCAUGGCCUCCCUAAGCGUUGACGUCGAGCAGCCGGGCUCGGAUCCUGACAACACAGAAACCAGCAGGUCCACGGAGGAGCCGAUGGAAGAAGAGCCUGUAUUGUAGGAAGAGCUUAAACCACCACCACGAAAAACAAAAAAAAACAACUCCAACACUCUCACCACCUUCUGGCACCUCCUCUUCCUCUUCCUUUUCCUCUUCCUCCUCAGAGUGUGUGUAGGUACACACACACACACAAACACACACACACAGAGUGGAAUUGUGUCGUCGUGGAGGCCUCCGAUUGGCUGACGAGAACAUUACGGAGGCACUAGAAAAGGCCGGAGACUGUGAACACGGACACAUCUCUUUUCUACUGGUUCGUCAGCCCGACGACGAACGACGACUUGUCGGCGUCUCCAUGGAAACCUAGAGGAGGAGCGGGGUCAGCAAAGAGACAAGCAAGACCUGCAUAUUUUACCACCUGUACACAGCACCACUCCAAUAUUUUUUCCCCCCCAAUCAUUCUUCUGUCUUUCUAUUUUGUCCCUACUCCUCUGUUUCCACAGCGGGACGAUGUGUGGGGGGGGGGUCAAAGAAUUUGGACUUGUCAGACAACAAGUGGACGACUUGUCUUCUUGUCCAUCUGUCUGUCAGUCAGUCAGAGAGACAGGCCGAGCGAAUGUGGGCUUGGCUGGCGCUGGAAGAGUUUUUUUUUUUAUUUUUUUUUUUUUGAACAGAGGAGGAGGAGGAACUAGGUGCCUUUAAAAUAAAAUAAUAAAAAGAAACUAAACAAAAAAAAAACACACACACACAAAAACGAGCCGUCCAGUCAGAAACCACAAAACAACGCCGCCGCAGCACCUCAGCACCUCAGCAAAACCAACCAGCCAAUCAGGACUGAAGAAACCCGUCGACAAACACAUUCGCACCGCUGUUGUUCCAGUCGAUGUUGAGGAUGGCUGGAUGUUGUCGUCGCAGUGGUUGUUGUAGUUGUUGGGAGGUUGAAGAGUGAGCCCCAGUUCCUCUGGCAGGACCAGGCAGGCAGUGCAGCCCUCCGCAGGCAAACAGCAGGUCAAAGGUCACGUCGGUCAGUAGCUUGGUCCAGUGCUGAUGUCUUUUUGUCGCCCCAAACGAUCGCCAUUUUAUUCGCCCCAAGGAACGCUUAACUGAGCGAGACGCAGCAGGGACCCCCCUACUACAUAGAUUGUAUAAAAUUAAGUUGAGUAUUGCAAAGAAUAUUACAAAGAGAAAUAAUGGCCGGACCAGGACAAGAGGAGCAACCCAAUGAGUCCCAAUGUUUAGAACACAUUUUGGUCAGUCCUCCUGGUCAGUAAAAGGUAUCCGCUUAUGGAAUUCCUUAUCCACGGAACUUCAAUCCCAAACAGAACUAAAAGUGUUAUACACAAAAGCCAAAUUAUGGCUCAAACUGACAAAACGGAGAAGUGAGCACUUAUGGUGUCCCUUAGCUAGACAGUUUUUAUUUGUAUUUAUUUUUUUCUUCUUUCUUUGAAAGAAGUCUGUUUGUUUUGUUAAAGCCUGACCAGGGACAAGGACUACAAAUUAGUGGAGGCUGGUCGUCCUAAAUCGGGGACGAUCUAGGAUCAGACCCUUAGGGGGGGCUCAGCCCCUUAUGACAAUGUGACACGGAUACAGUGCCUUGCAAAAGUGUUAAUAUAAUCUUUGUUUCGGGACAGAUCCUCGCAAAAAUCACACUGUAACCAUUUACCAUUUUUUCAAGGAUAAUGGUGCAAAAAUGAUCGUUUCCCUCCAAUAUCGUGAAUCAUAUCGCAAUUGCAAUAUCAGUCAAAAUAAUCGCAAUUGGAUAUUUUCCUAAUAUCGCGCAGCCCUCCUUUUUAGUGCAUAGAAUUCUGAGCUAUCAAAAUAAUAAUUGUUGUAUAGCCUUGACCAUUUUACCACAUAUCACUGUUCUGAAUCCCCCAGGUCCUGUCAUUGAGCGGAUCAAAUUUGUUGGGUUGGCUCAGCCCUGAGUCUUUGGCUACGGUAAACAGAACUUUCGCCUAACGGACUUGCACAUGCAUCUGCAUUUGCAGAACAGCCAAUAAGAAACUCUCUCUUUCUCUCUCUCUCUCUCUUUCUAAAAUGACCUGUGAUUGGCCAAAGUCUCCCAUCAUGGAUAGACUUUCUAAAGCCUGAAAGCAGAGCCAAGGAGGAGAUGCAAUCUAGUUGUCUCACAGACCACUUGAAUUACAAUCUUCAACCUCACUAAAGUCCAUUUCCCAUGAACUGCUGGUGGAGCGACGCAGCUAUUUGUGGGUCUUAUCCGUUCAAAGCAAUAUAACACUGAUAGGACAGCAGUGACCGGGAGAACUACAGUGAGCAUGUUUACAUGCACACUAAUAUUCCAAAUUAUUUCAAAUAUGACAAUAUUCCGUAUUUGA